UUACUGAGAACGAUGUCCCGUCCCAGGCCCCGACCCAUCAUCAAGCACAAGAAUGCCGAACCUACUUCCUCGACUUCCUCAAUACCCAAGCUGUCAGAGCUUGUCGUCAAAGAUAGCGAUGAAAUGUUCAUGCGUAACCGCUCCAGAGACAUGAACACAUGGCGAAAGCUGGAACAGAAAAACAAAGAGAAGAGACCAAGGAGCAGAUCUCCUGACAGUGACCGCGAUGAAGACGCGUCUCCGCAACGUAGAAAACAAAAGAAAAAGGCGAAUAAUGAUGCAGUACCUCGUUGGCAGAGGGAUAAGAACCUGUUGAGACUUCUCUCGGAAGAUGCCUCUGAUGGUGAUGAUUCAGCGUUGCAAAGUAUCGAGACCACCCCUGGCAAACUCAAACGGAAACGCGAAAACCGUCAACGAAGUCGUUCACGAUCCAUUACACCUCCCCCUGCUAUACCUAUACAGCAACUACAGAAUGCACGGAACGUCAUUCGGCAAGCUCUUGCUCCCGUGCCACGACCUGCCUCGCCUGGUCUAUUUGACGAUGAUUUGGAUGCUUCUGCGGAUCCCAUACUUGAUCCUGAACUUGCCAGCAUAGCCCGGCGGUCUAAGGCCAGUUUCUCUGCCUCUCAAAUCACGUCAGAAGGUUCUGGCGCUAGUGCCAUACUGGAAAUUUCUGUCAGAUGGCAGCCUCAUCCCGAGAACCAAGGUGGCUCAUCUAACGUUCAAGUCUUCAAGAUGAAUAGGAAUGAAACCUUCCGCGAACUUUUCGAGGCUAUAGCGGAGAGCCAGAGCCUUUUGACGAAUAAUCUAGUCAUGACCUAUCAGAACAGGAGGUUCUUUCCAUCUGUUACUCCUAACACUCUGCGUAUAUGGAGCUCUGCGGAAUUCGUUGCUUGUAACAAGACAACAUACGAAUAUAUCCGUUCAUCGAAGUCCAGAAUCACUAAGUCGCCCCCGGCAGUCCCCGACCUGAUUGUAAUCACUUCAGACACCGAUGGUUGUCUGAAUCUUACGUCGGAUGAUGAUGAUGAACCAGAUACCUUCUUCACUGCACCUCCUGUAGUACCCGACACGGAUAAGGAAGAAGACGACAGAGAGAAGCUCAAACUUACUCUGCGUUCCAACAAAACGACACAAGAUAUAGUACUUGUGGUUCGACCUACAACGACUUGUGGUGCAAUAGUCAGGGCGUUUCUGAGGAAGGCUGGAUUGGCUGAUCUGUACCCUAUGGUCAUGAGCGGAGGUACCUCGAGCACGACAAAGAAACGAGGAAUGCUAGCCAAGGAUCCUCGAAUAUACGUUGAAGGAGACAAGAUGGGCAACGAAGUUGAAAUUGGAGACGCCGAUGUGGAGGAUGGCGAUAUGGUUGAGGUUGGAGGGCUGUAAUCCAUCGUUCUGUUCCUUGAUCAUCCGGGUUGGUUACUCGCUUUUUCUAAUUUAUUGGGCUCCUUGGUCUUACUGAAUACCACGAAUGAAUUCUGUGCACUACUAUAUAUUGUAGACUGGUACUUCUGUCGUUAAUGCCACCCGUCGGUGGCCAUAGAAUUCCGGACCAAUAUCCUUGCAUUAU